AUGUCAUCCUCUCCAUUUCGCAUAGUCGAGCAUGUAGUGCCUUGCCAGCACGUCCGCGAAUAUCCCGGGGCUAUAGCGGACGAUCGGGUCCAAUCCUUAAACCUAGCGGUAAAGCAGUAUAUUCCGCUUGAUAAUCCACAACCACAGCCAGGAGAUGUAACUAUCCUUGCAGCUCAUGCCAAUGGUUUUCCCAAGGAAUUAUAUGAACCACUUUGGGAAGAAAUCCAUGCGCGUGCUAAGGAUGCUGGGUUCCGUAUACGCAGCAUUUGGAUGGCCGACGUAGCCCAUCAAGGAGAAAGCGGCGUGAUCAACGAAAGCGCGCUUGGAAACGAUCCGAGCUGGUUUGAUCACCCCCGUGAUCUGCUUCAUUUAGUCAAUGUCAAAGCUGCUGAAAUGCCACGGCCCAUCAUCGGCAUUGGGCACAGUUUUGGCGGCGCGCAUCUUACACAACUAAGCUUGAUACACCCCCGUCUGUUACACACACUGGUUCUCCUGGAUCCUGUAGUGCAACCCCAUUCCACACAGCUUGAUGGCUUCAGUCGCGAGGAGAACAAGCGUGUCAUCGCAAAAACCACUCAGCUUUCUACUUAUCGCAAGGAAAUAUGGCCCUCGCGUAAAGAAGCCGCGGAAGGAUUCAACCGCAGCCCUUUCUAUCAAGCCUGGGAUCCCCGUGUACUUGAUAGAUGGGUAAAAUACGGUCUACGCGACCUCCCCACUGCCACCCACCCUCUGGAUAGCAAAGCCAAAAUCGACCCAAACAACCCACCAGUAACUCUGCGCACUACCCUGCAUCAAGAAGUAUUCACUUUUUCUCGACCAAAUUACAAUCAUGUUCCGGGCAGUGACAAGCCCGUCAACCGCGUGACACAUCCAGACCUCGACGCAAACCAUCCUGACUCUCACCCUUUCUACAGACCGGAGCCUGCGCGGAUUUUUGCGCAGCUACCGUAUUUAAGACCGAGCGUACUUUAUAUAUUUGCUGGAAAAUCGGAUAUGUGCUUGCCUCAUAUGCGCGCCGAAAAGCUUUCUAAUACAGGCGUUGGGCUCGGUGGGAGUGGUGGUGCCGCAGCAGGUCGUGUGCAAGAAGUCUUCCUUGAGAACUUCGGCCACUUGCUUGCCCAGGAGGCUGUGAAUGAGUGCGCCGAUGCGGCUGUUUGUUGGGUUGGACCAGAGCUGCGGCGAUGGCGCGAUGAAGAGGAGAGUUUCAGAGCGGCUUGGAGUAAGAAAAAUGCCAUCCAGAAGAAGACUAUCGAUUCAGAUUGGGUCGAUCAUGUCCCUGCGCCGCUACGCAGAGCUAAAAAAGCCGGAGGCGAUGCGAAGAGGGACGGAUCGCCGGCGAAACUCUGA